AACCCUGGUUCUGUGCCUGACCGGCAGCUGUCCGCAUCAUGCUAACCAGUUAGCCAAAAAGAAACUUAGCGUCAUGCCCUUUGACAGCCUUGAGGACAAACGGUAUAUUUCCUCAGAUACCUCUCAUCCAGAUGAAACCGCUGUCCCAUAGCAGCCGGAGUUAAAUUGAUGAAAGGGUGUGUGUUCCAAUGUCUGCUGUGUAACAGUGGGUGUGAAAUCGACACUCCCGGCUGUUUUUAGCGGUUCCGUCGAUCGCCGCUCUUCUCAAUGAGGUGCGGAGCUGCUCACAUCUCUCUCUGGAGUCAUGGGUCCUGCUGUGUGUAUCGCCUCUGUCUGCCCGGCUCGCUCUCUGGCCGAGUCCCGGUGGUCCGAACUUACAGCACCCACCAUCAGCCCGGCCCCCCUCCACCCGCUAACCCCACCCCACCUGGGGAUAAGGGCAAGGUGGAGGUGGUAAAGGAGCACGCCAUGGCUGGCUUACAGCACGUGGGCGAGCUGGGGCGGCAGUGGGGUCAGAGGUCGGCCAGGGCGACCACGGCCACCGUCAACUACUGGUGGGACAGGUACGAGGAGUUUGUGGGCAUCAACGAGGUCCGCGAUGCCCAGGCCAAGGUCACUCAGGCCGAGGCAGCGUUCAUGGUGGCCAGGGGGAUCGUGCGCGAGGAGCACACCAGCCUGGAGGCUCUGCAGGCCAGGCUGAAGGAGGUCAGAGACCGACUGGACAGAGUCUCCAAAGGGGAGAAGCGCUACCUGGAUCUGACCACAGAGGAGCACAACCUCAUUCAGGAGGAACGUCGCCUGCGGGCAGCUUGCGAUGCCGCACAGAUCUCGGAGAGAGAGAAGUUCGCCUUGUUCUCGGCCGCCGUCAGAGAGAGCCACGAGAAGGAGAGGACGAGAACCGAACGCACCAAGAACUGGUCCAUCGUCGGCUCGGUGCUGGGAGCUCUGAUCGGGGUCAUGGGGUCAACAUACAUCAACCGUGUCCGCCUGCAGGAGCUGAAGAGUCUGCUGCUGGAGGCCCAGAAGGGCCCGGAGACCCUCCAGGAAGUCCUCAGGACUCAGGCUGGGAACCACCGCUCCCAACAGGACGAACUGCGAAUCCUCAUCAACAGCUUCAGGGCCGCUCUGACGGACCGAGUCACGCCCAGUGAUCAGCCUGUAAGCCAGGCGACCUCCAGCCCCUCCACAGUGCCACUAUCAGCUUUUACAGAGCUGAGCGUUAGCAGCCAAAGAACCGAGUUGCUCCUCCAGGCCCUGCCGCCGCAGCUCGGCCAGCUCGAGCAGGGAAUCGGCCGACUGGAGAGCGAAUUGUCAGCGGUCAGGGGGCUGGUGGAGGCGACGGGCCAGCAGACCGAAACAGCGGCCGGUCAGCAGAGGACGGAGAAACCAGAGAGGCUUGGCCCGUGGCCGGCGGAGGCGGUGCUGAGCCGUCUGGAGGUCACCCAGAGGAGCCUGGGAGAUCAGAUCAGCAGGAACACUGUGUUCAACGCUGUGUUCUCCUACACCGCUGCCGCCGUCACCAUCUCCGCUGUCUACCUCCUGCUCAGAGGAGCCGGAUAGAGCGGAGGGUUCUCACACUGAGUACGUUUACAUGCACACCAAUAGACCCGACUGCUGGGAUGAUCAGCCCAAGGCAAUAUCGUCAUUACAAUGUUAAAAAAACCAUACCAGUGAUUUUGGAUGUUUAGAGUAUAUACUUUCUGCUAAUCUCUUCCCAAAGCAAGCAGUUGUAUUUUACAACUGCUAAAUCAUUUUUCUUCCCUUUUAUCCGGCUGUUGGGUUUCCAUUCAUUCCACUACGAUAUGAAAAUGAACUUUCAGAGACUUCAACCUUUCUUCACACCAGUACUCCAUCACUUUAAUAAAGUCCUCCAUAUUAGUUUUCCUAAAAGCAGCAGCACUGGUGUGUUUUGAAGACUUGAACUUGGGGCAGAGUGGAAAAAAAUGCGCCUUCUGCCUGGGAAAACGUUUGCUUGACACAGCCAAUUAUCAGCUGUGUGGUUUAUGAAUGUUGGGCAGCUAUUCCAACCAAAAAUUUGAAAAAUCAAGGGAUUUUGACUAUAGGUUGAGAAAUUUGUCGUACCCCCACAUGAUUUUCAAAAUGCUUUGUUGCGAUGUAAAAUAUGGGGAAAUUGUUAUAAAUGGGCCAAACAUUCAAAAAUCACUGGUAUGGUCCUUUAACACAGUUCAAAGUGAUGCAGUUUAAUAAUCAGUCUGCUGUUCAUUACUCCACCACAGCAGCUGAGAACGACAGUGGUUGUGCUUAUUUUCAUUAUCAGUUAAUUUAUCAGUUUAGUGAGGAUGAAAAUGUUGGUGUCUUCACAUGUCUUCCUUGGUCUGACAAGCAGCCAAAAAAAAAAAAAAAAAAAAAAAAACUUUGUCUGAAAAUGACCCUGAUAUGAACGGAGAAAAGGAGGAUAAUCUUAGCCGUCAUCAAACCAUUGUUUGGCCUUUUUACUGGAAAACUGAUAAAAACAUAUAAUCCAUUAUCUAAAUUAAAUUAAAGUAGAUUACUUAUAUUACUGUCUGCUGCCUGUUCUACCUUUAAUGAAUAAAUGGGCUGCAUUCUCUACUUCAGGCUCAGCAGAAACAUGAAUUUAUUAUCUUGGGAUUAGCUAGGUUUGAUCUCAAGAUAAAGGAAUAAAAAUAUUUUGAGCCACCACGGCCGUUCUCGGGUUGCCCCACACCAGGUUAGCUCUGUAAUCCAACAUGUUGCAUUUGUGUGUCUGCUGACUGACAUACACGGCUUACAAAGAAACAAAAUAAACCCACAUGUGCCAAUAAAUGAGCAGAUGUAAAGGUGUUAAUUGAGUUCUGUUACCCACGAUGACAAUGGACUUACAUGACAGUUUUAGUAUUCAGAGUAUCGCCUUAAUCACUUUAAAAUCAAAUUAUUAGUGUGCACGUAAAUGUACUCAUGGAUAACCCACUUUAAAAUGACUUAUGAAUGACUUAUUCUAACGCUCAUUCACUACAAAUUGUUCACCCUGAUGAUUCUCUUCUGACUGUGCUUUUCCCAACAUUUGCCUCUCUUUCUAAUGUGCUAUCAUUUUGAAAAUCGAAAGAUGCCUUCCGCCAGUUUCACUACUUAUUUUACUUUGAUUUUAUUUGCACUGUCUCCCUUCCAUGACCAUUCUGUUGCCAUAGGGUUACUUUCAGGGCAUUAUGACUCUGAUAUUUUCACCUCCUUAUACUACUGAUUGCUUGAAAUAUCAAAUUGAGUCCCCGGUCGGCAGGUUGUGUUUGUGGCCUCGGUGCUCCCAGGGGCCCCAGCUCAGAAAAACCAGCAGAAACAUGGACGACUGCAAGACUCUCCAUGUAAAAACUAAUAUUCUGUCAGUGAUUUAGCAGCACUAGUUAGUUAUCAUGGAAUGGUAGCAACUGUGAAGUGUAACUUUACAUUUCAAAUUUAUAUGUACACCUAUUUACUGCACAGGUGUUUUGAGUUUGGGUUUAAGGUCAUGCAUCUCAUGAGUCUUCAUCCUCCAUGAGCCCGGCUGCUGCAGUCCUCACUGUCCCGUCCUCAUGUGGAACAAAAUUUGCCAGUUUACUUACUUAUGUUAAUGUCCAGUUAAUUAAUAAUUUGACAGGUACAAACAGGAACGGUAUCCUUUGUUUCAACCAGCUCGAGCAAUAAUAGGUUGACACCAUGCAGUUACAUUUUACUCUCAUCUUGAAACGUGUCAAUAAAAAGUUGUAAAAUUAAGAAAAUAUUGGAAUAUUAUAUAAUGUCUAUAAUGUCUAAUUGCAGGGGUUUUUUCCUUUAUUAUCUCCUGCAGUACUUGAACAGUAAUCUAGCUCUAUAAUGUGUUGUAAAUGUUGAUGUCUGGGUCCAUGCUGAAUCACUCUGAAAAUGAUUUCUGUGGUUUGUUGUUCAGAUUGUUGUUUACGGGGAAAUGAAAGUGCACUGAUGAAAUGACUGUGAGGGAGUUGGAUGAUAAUCUGUCCAUUAAAUGGAAACAGGAAAAUG